GCGCCUUUUAGCUUUAGCGCCAGUUUAUUCGAAUCCUUCGUCGGUCGUUGACGCGUUUUCGUACAGGUCCUUCGCCACGUGGACCAGUUUAAAUCGUUUUCAUUCCGAUAAAUAAUUACCCAAAAAAAUCAUUGUCAUUGAAAUGCUCCUACUUGUCAUUCUCGCAAUGACAUUAUCUGAAACCGCAACUGAAACUUUCACAAUAGGAUAUUUGACCGGCUCUCAGAGGAGACCCGGCGAUUUGGAAUACCCCAGACCUGGUUUGACCAUAUCUGGAGCCAUAUCUUUGGCAGUCGAUGAGGUGAACAAAGGCGGUCUUGGCCAACGUGGCCACAGACUCGACUUCAUCGUCGCCGAAACCUACGGAGAGGAGGUGAUAAGUGUGCAGAAAACGGCUGAUUUGUGGACGAAAAAUGUGUCGGCGUACGUGGGGCCCCAGGAAACGUGCGAACAUGAAGCCUUCAUGGCGGCGGCUUUCAAUCUACCCAUGAUUUCUUAUAUUAGAGCUGAAGCGGCCUACUUAUACGACGCUGUGCAUGUUUAUGCCAAAGCGUUGAUUGAAGUCUUGGACGAAGGGGGGAAUCCCAGGAAUGGCACUGAUAUAAUUGACCACAUGAAGGAGACGCAUUAUAAAAGUGCAAUGGGAUAUCUUGUCUACAUGGACGAAAACGGGGACGCCGAAGGCAACUACACUCUAAUCGCCCGCAAGCCCAGCACAGGUGACGAAAAAUUCGGGUUAUUCCCCGUCGGAAUCUUCGCCUUGAAACGCACCGAUUCCAAACUCCCCAUUCUCCACUUGAGUGAUACGAUAGAUUGGAUCGGAGGUCGGCCCCCGAUUGCGGCCCCAAGUUGUGGUUUUCGGGGCGAAAAAUGCAUCACUCACACUAUGGAGAUAACGAGCGGCGUCACCGGCGGAAUCUUCCUGGUGAUCCUCGUGAUCUCCUUAGUGCUUUACCGGAACUGGAAAUACGAACAGGAACUUGAUAGUCUGCUGUGGAAAGUCGAUUUCAAAGACAUCCAAAUCAAUGAAGAAGCCGGAACGAAAAUAACCCGAUCGAUUCAUCCGCUGAUAAGGACGAGUCAAGUAUCGUUGAGUUCUAAUCCUGAUGCUGAUUUUCGGUAUUCGACGAUUUUUACGCAGAUUGGGAUUUACAAAGGACGAGUUUUCGCCGUCAAGAAGGUUCAUAAAAAGUCCAUUGAUAUCACCAGAGAAAUGAAGAAGGAGCUUAAAAUGAUGCGCGACCUCCGCCACGACAAUCUCAACGCUUUUAUCGGCGCUUGCACCGACCCCCCAAACAUUUGCAUAGUCACCGAAUAUUGCACAAGAGGCAGUCUCAAGGACAUUUUAGAGAACGACGAUGUGAAACUCGACAAUAUGUUCAUUGCAUCUCUAGUCGGAGACAUUUUAAGGGGGAUGAUUUACCUCCACGACUCCCCCGUCCGAUUUCACGGAGCUUUGCAUUCAGCCAAUUGCUUGGUGGAUUCGCGAUGGGUGGUGAAAUUGGCCGAUUUCGGCCUCCGGGAGUUCAAAAAGGGGGCGGAGGAGCCCGGAGUCAAAGAUCCGGGGAAAGUCCGGGAAAAGUGCUACCGAUUAUUGUACAAAGCUCCCGAAUUGUUGCGACUACAAGGCCAAUUAGGGAGUCAAAAGGGUGACAUUUAUUCCUUCGGGAUCAUACUAUACGAGUUGCAUAGUCGACAUGGCCCUUUCGGGACCACUGAAUUGACCUACCCGGAAAUUCUCAGUAAAAUUAUACACAAUCCCGGACCACAACCCUUCAGGCCGCCACUUGAAGCGCUAGAAAACAGCUUCGAUUUUGUGAGAGAGUGUCUGAAAGAGUGUUGGGCUGAAAAUCCUGAAGAAAGGCCCGAUUUUAAAAGCAUCAGGACCAAACUCAGYCCUUUACGCAAAGGAAUGAGACCAAAUAUUUUCGAUAACAUGAUGGCAAUGAUGGAGAAAUAUGCGAAUAAUUUGGAGGUGUUGGUCGACGAGCGAACCGAUCAGUUACAAGAAGAGAAGAAGAAAACAGAGGCGUUYUUAUAUGAAAUGUUGCCGCGGCCUGUUGCCGAACAACUGAAACGGGGGAACAAAGUCGAAGCUGAAAGUUUCGAUUGUGUGACGAUUUAUUUCAGCGAUAUUGUUGGGUUUACAGCCAUGUCGGCUGAAAGCACGCCGUUACAGGUUGUAGAUUUUUUGAACGAUCUUUAUACUUGUUUCGAUUCGAUUAUCGAACACUACGAUGUUUAUAAAGUGGAAACAAUCGGGGAUGCCUAUAUGGUGGUCAGCGGGCUUCCAAUUCGGAACGACAAUCAACAUGCGGCUGAAAUUGCCUCUAUGUCUUUACAUCUUUUAGCUGAAGUUAAACAGUUUACGAUCAGACAUCGACCCAAAGAGAAAUUAAUGCUGCGAAUUGGGAUUCAUUCAGGCCCAGUUUGUGCUGGUGUUGUCGGUUUAAAAAUGCCCCGCUAUUGCUUAUUCGGCGACACCGUCAACACAGCAAGUCGAAUGGAAUCAACAGGGAGUCCAUUGAAAAUUCAUUGCAGUACCGAAUGCAAAGACCUUUUGCACAAACUAGGUGGRUACAACCUCGUCGAACGCGGCCUCGUCUCAAUGAAAGGAAAAGGCGAACAACAAACCUUCUGGCUCCUCGGCGAAGACCCCCACUCCCGCAACCUCCGCAAAGAAGAGCGCGAAAAGCGCCGAAUCAAAACCGAAACAGGAGCCAAAUCGUACAAAAACGGCCAAUUGGACCCCAACGGCCACUUCAUAAUCACCCGAAGCUCGUUAAAAAACAAAAACAGCAUAGUCCGGAGCCCCAUUCCGCGCUGCUCCUCCUUCGAGAGCCCCAAGAAGCUCCGCUUCGCCAGCGGCGACAACCUGGAGAAGAAAAGCGACUCGAACUUCCUCGAGGUCAUCUCCGACAGCAGUCCUUGCAAGAACAAAUCCUCCAAUUCGCUCGAUUGCUGCAGCGAAGCCUGGAAAACCUCCAGCACCUCGUGUCCUUGUAUCGAAAAUUUGGCCAAUUCGGCGGCGACUCUCGCCCAAUCCCAACUCUCAAUGCUCUACAAAGACGAGAAAAACGUCAAAAUGGUCAGACCAACGUGUUAUAGUGUCCCAAUGUUGUGCUCCUUGGCCGUUCCAAGACCUGUUAUCCACACCAUUUCGGCACCCACCAGUCCCAGGAAACUGGAUCUAGUCGAUUUGACCAAGUUUCCAGAGUGCGAGGAAGUCAUCCCGUGGGCCGACUCCACACCCCUGCUCAAAAUCACCAAACCCCAAGACUCGGAAACGGGGGUCUAACAUUUUUGUUGCGUUUUUGGACUUAAGGCUCGUGUAAUUUCUAUUUAUUGAUGUUUAUUGUAUAWUAUACGGACGUAACGGACUUUUAUUUA